CUUUUGAAGAUUUAGGCAUGUGCAAGGUAAGUCGGGGUCAGGCAAAGUUAGAAUCGGCGACAUUGCUGUGUGUUUUCAAGGCAGACAGUAAUUGCCUGGUCAGCGGCAGCUGCGGAGGGCUUACAUCGUACGAUCCGACUCCGUCAUACGAUCAUCUCGCCCUACAACUCAGCACAUCCCAAACAUAUAUCAAAGCCCAAUAAAAGAGCGAAAUGUAAGAGAAAUAAUGAACUCCAAUUAGUAUUUCCCCCAGUUCGAUGCUACAUUGCAGCCGCUCUUCGCUAAUCUACUUUGUCCUCGGGGUCGCGGCGGCGAUCUCAUGCAUGAUCUACCUCCGCCUCACAUUUACUGACUUGACUUACAAGACUACAGUUGGAGUCCCGAGCGCAAACGCCAUGGCUAAGCCCGUCAUCACCGUAGGCUCCGGCCUCGCGGGUCUGUCAGCGGCAUACGAGGCGCUCAAAGCAGGCGCCAAGGUGCACAUGCUAGACCGCGCGGCAAAGCCCGGCGGAAACAGCAUCAAAGCGUCCUCUGGCAUCAACGGCGCGGGCACGCGCUUCCAGAAAGACAAGAAUAUCACGUCUGAUGAUAGUGCCAAGUUCUACGCUGACUCGGCGCGGUCCGCGGGCGCGAGAAUGUCAUCGCAGAGCGGCGCAUUGGGGGAGGCUGAGAGGAAGGAGCUCAUCGAGAUGUUGACGUCACAAUCUGCCGAUGCUGUGAACUGGCUCACGGACGAGAUCGGCGUCGAUCUCACCACUGUGGCACAGCUCGGCGGCCAUUCCCUCGCGCGCACACACCGCGGGACCACGGGACCACCGCCUGGCGCAGCCAUCGUCGGCGCGCUGUUGAAAAAGCUUGGCGCGAACCCGGAUUUCACGCUCACGUCGUCUGCUGAAGUCGAGGCACUAAUGGUGUCCGAAGACGGAAAAGUGACUGGCGUGCGAUAUACUGCUAGUGGGGAGACGCAUGAAUUGCAAGGACCCGUGGUCUUCGCAGCAGGCGGCUUUGCCGGCGACGCCCACGGCCUCAUGGCGAAACACCGGCCCGAUCUAGCGGGCAUGCCGUCCACGAACGACGCGCGCCCAGCCUCGCACGGACUCCUCGCGGACCUAGGCGCGGAAUUCGUCGAUAUGGACAGCGUGCAGAUUCACCCUACAGGUUUCGUGGACCCGAAAGAUCGCACAGCGACGUACAAGUUCCUCGCGGCCGAGGCGCUGCGCGGCGAGGGCGGGAUCUUGCUCUCCGCGGACGGCCGCAGAUUCGUCAACGAGAUGGAGCGUCGGGACGUCACGAGCGAUGCCAUCAUGGCGCUGCCGCGCUCGCAAGACGAGGGCGUCCGACAGUGGGACGUGACGCUACUACUCGACCCAGGCGCCGCCGAGGCCGCGGGCUCGCAUCUCGGAUUCUACCUCUUCAAGGGCCUGAUGCAGAAGACGAAAGUGAAGGACUUGCCGCCGGCCGUCAUCGAGGCCGUAGAUCGGUACGCCGCGGCCGUGGCGGCGGGUAAAGACCAGGACUUCGGACGAGAGACCUUCGGACACUGGCGCUUACCCGCCGGCGAAGCGAACCGUGAAGAAGAAGUUGCUGUUGGCACCGUCACGCCCGUGACGCAUUUCACGAUGGGCGGGGUCGCGUUUAAUACGAAGGCGCAGGUCCUGGGGCAGAAAGGGGUGCCUGUUGAGGGUGUAUGGGCCGCGGGCGAGAUCACGGGGGGUAUCCAUGGGGAUAAUCGCCUUGGUGGCUCGUCGCUUUUGGAAUGUGCUAUUUUUGGUCGGAUUGCGGGUGCUGAGGCCGCGAAGAAUGUGUAGGGGGUGAAGUAUGAGUGCUGGUCGUGAGGGUGAAGGGAAAAUUGCUUACCUGGGCUGGGAACGAUGUCUGGUGUUUGUAUUUUGGGGAGUAAUGAGUCUAGCUCGAUGAUAUUU